UGAAUCGUUUACUGUUUGUUAUGAUUCAGAUUGUUGGAUCGAGUACAUUGGUUUCGAGCUUCAGGAAGGAAGAAUGGAGAGUGCCGGUAAGCUUCAUUGGAGAGCCAUAAAAACCCUGACAGGAARMGAAUUGGAAGCUUUUGUUGCAAAAUAUUCUUUACUACAAGCGGGCCACGAAACAUUUGUGAAUUGAUGGCAUCAGGUUUUCCUCUUAAUGAAAUUAAGCUAUCAAUUUUAUUGGUUAUUGAGGCCAUUAAUCAUAAAUAAAGUAGAAGUAUCAAUGACUCUCGGUGGUCCUAUGCUGUAGGUCAGUGAAAAGUCUCUACACUCAGAUGCAUGGGAAGUUUGCAAUAAAACUAUAUUUGCUUAUUGUAUUUGUUCCUGUAAGUUCGCUAGUCUAUGUAUUUACGUGAUAACCUGUACGACAAUCCUAUUGAUACAGUUAUGUGAUAAGGACGUGAUAAGGUUUCUCGGACUCUUUAGUCUACUUUUGUUGUCUCGCCGGGUUUAAAUCACCCCCAAGACUGUUUUGAACCAUGCCGCCUGCAGCAUUCCAAAAGUACUUGUCGUGUGUAAGAGGAAGAGAUUAAUUACGCUAUAUAUUGGUGACACGAUUGCGGCAAAAGACAGUCAGUUUAAGAUGAGGAACGCUGUGGUCGUGUGUGUCCUGCUCGUUGUUUUACCAGUUCAGGGAGUGAUAUUAUCGAAGAGACUCCCCGACUCAGCUGGUCUUUUACAGCAAGUUAAAAUCAAAGUCCAACCAAAGGAACUCAUGGACGAGUGUCUGAAUUGCCAACCAUCGCCCGCUGCACACGACAUGAUUGUUCACAAUCUCAAAAAGAUAAUAGGCCGAAGAAUGGAUCUUACCGUCGUCUCCAUAACAAAACCGAGGGACUUUACGACUUCAAAGCUCAUCAAAUACACUGACAACCGUCAGUCAAAGACCCGGAAAAUGUUCCUAAAACACUUUGUGGACAUAAAGAGCAAAAGCAUGAUCAAAAUGACUGCUCUAACGAACCGCCAGAGAACACUUCUUGUUGACUGGUUAGAGGAACAAUCCAACUGCCCCAUGAAGCUAAUGUGGAGAGAUAUGGGACCGCACUUCUGGCCACGUUAUGUAAAGCGGGCCCAUUGUGUUGGCAAGUCUUGUUCUGUUGAUCCUGGAAUGAAAUGCACUGCUUCAGCGAGUCGCUUUUUUCCUCUUCUGCGCUGGUUCUGUAUUGGCGCAUUCCGUAAGAACAAUCUGCCGCUUUGGGCUGGCAAGGGCUUCGUAGAGAGAAAUGGUUACAUCUGUAGAUGGGUCAAGUUUCCGUAUCCAAUCACAACAAAGUGCUCAUGUAAAUGUGCUUCUUAAUUAUGCAAGACAAAACGUCUGCAUGGAUAUCGUCCACCCCAGAUGGUUACACUUUUUUCCUAUUUAAAUGACUUGUUUUCUUCAAUUCCUUGAUAAACGACAUGAGAUGUUUGUUUGUUUUACCUGUUUGCAGCAUACUAUGAAUAGUGCGAAUUGUAGUGCAUUGUAUUCCAGCACUUUCUGAUAUAUUAUGCUCUGCUAUUCUGCUGGUUAUGUCUCGCAUCAGCAAAUUAAUAACAAUGUAAAUAUAUAUUACAACAGUAUCUAUAAAUUAUUGUAUCAAUAAAUGCAGUUUGUAUUAUUA